AGUCCCACCUCAUCCAGACUCCAUGACGCAUGGCAGCUUCGGUGCUACAAGCAGCUCGUCAGGAAGUGCAAGGAGACUGGUCUGAAUGUGCACCUCACUGUGCGCCUUUGUGGCGGCGCCCCUCGCAUGGCCCAGGCUCCAGGAGCCAAUCAGCAGAUCCACCAGCCCUGGCGCCCCUGGAGAGGAAGGACGAGGCGAGCCACGGCAGCCACGGCCACGGCCGCGGCCGUGGCUCGAGAGGCCGCGAUCGACUCUUGAAGCCCAGCAGUCGAUCGCCCUCGUCGGAGGGAUCCUGUGACGGGCGCAGCGAAGAGGUGCGCUUCGAACAGUUCGACAGCUCGGCUGAUGGCUGUGAUCACGUGGACCCUCUUUCCAGUGAGCUCCAUCAGGUGGAGCAAGAGCUGGAAGAGCGGCAGCAUUAUCUUCUUGAAGUGAAAGCCAAUGGACGGGCUCUAGAAGAGAAGCUGGAGGAAACGGAGAAACAUGCGAGACACUUCCAACAAGCAGUCCUGGCUCUAGAAGCUGGCUUGCGCGAGGCAGACGCUGAGGAAUCAGAACCCCAUCGAGAACUCCGUAGCACUGCGCGAGGAGCAGAAUUCACAAAAGAACCAGCACCAUCUCCUUUGGACACCCUGGUUGGUGAGUGGGCCCGCGCCCGUGCAGCCAUUGGGCUUGAUUGAAGAAGUGUUGUCUCAGCCGAGUUGAGCUUUUUGUGGUGUUUCAUUUUUGCCGACAAACACGUGUUGCCGACAAACAUCGUUUCACUCACCGAACGGUGAACGCGAUUUGGGAAAA